AUGGCAUCAAUGAUAUCCCCUUUAGGGGAUCUGCUGGUGGCUUUUGCGAUGUGUUUCGCCCGAGAUAAACAAAGGGAAGAAUGUCCGGUGCUUUAUUCCCAUCAAGAAUUCAGGCUAUCUUUACUACUUCCAGCGGCCAUUGCUACAUUAGUGUUGGCAUUUUUGACACAUAGAACUAAGCAAAAACUGCACGUGUUAAAUGGACGACCAGGACUUAUUUUCCCAAUGGACAUUCUCAAAAGGUCUCACAGGUUUUCCUAUGCUGCAGCAUUUGGGACUCUUGCACGUCUCUGUUCUGAUAUUGUAUUCGAUGCUAAAUAUGCAUUCAACUAUAAUGGUCCGAUAUACCUUAAAGUGUUUGUUGCACUUACCUCGAUGUUCAUAUAUGGUCUUGGCUACUAUCCCUUGUUUGCCGGAAUCACUGCAGAGAGUCCUGUGGGAUAUUUUAUUGCUACAUUGUUUGCAUGGAUUUUCACAGUUGAUUUUUUCAUCACUUCCUUUUGUAAACAACCAUUCAACAUUUCCUAUUUGGUCCUUAUUAUCGAGCUGCUGCCGGAAAUUAUCUGCUAUUUGUACCUUACCUUUAGUCUACCCGCCAGAUUUAUCCUAUCCAUUGUAAAACCUAAGAAAAAGCUAAAACUUGCUGUAGACUUUGAGAGCAGUGAUGAUCUGUAUGAAUCAAUUAGGAAAUCAUACCAGGGCAGUCACGUUAGGAAACUGUUCACUAAACAAGACCCUCCUCCACCACCCCCUGAAGAUAUGAAGAAUAAAAUUAUUUUUCGUCUGAAAUAUCUAUCCGAAAAAAUAUUCUACAGAAGGGAGAGAGGAUUCAAGUACUCAGCCAGAAUGAUUUCUUUAAUGGCUGUAGGAUUUGUGCUCUUGUAUAAGGUGAUUUUUUUACUGUAUACAGGGUUAUUUUUACCACUUGUAGUCUACGAGAUCUUCGAUUACUUAGAGAACGGUUUGAUCGCACAAUUUGAAUCUAUUGGAUGGACCGCCCAACCUGGAGAAGCAGCUUCAAUAGAAACAAUAAGAGAGGGAUUGUACAUCGCUUAUUACUUUGUCAGAUCUUUCAGAGGUUGUGCAAUAUCCUCUCUGUCAGUUGCUUUCCUCAUUAACUUCGUUUUUCUGUUUCAUUAUUUGACGUCUUACAGACAAAAUUUACUUUCAUUAUAUAAAGGGCAAUCCAGGCAUCUUACACCAAGGACUGAAAAAUCCAAUGCAAGCCUCAUGGUUGGAAGCAUGCGUUAUGCUGGUUAUCAAGUAGGAUAUAUUGCAUGGGGAUUUUUCAUCCAGCUGCUCUUGCUUUUGAUUGUGUCUGUUGGAAUUGCUACAGUAAUAACUAUAUGGGAUAUCCUUGGUGACUUCCUUGUAUCACAGAUUAUGAGAGUUUGGCCAGUGUUACUGACGUCGGUGCUGUUAAACAUCGUGCAACUGUUGUUAUCCAAGUUCUUAUUUCUACAGGAAAAUGGCAAUAUAUUAGCUAUGGAUAAUAGACGGCUGUUCUUCGUUGUUACCUAUUUUCUGUUCUUCUACAACAUCUUCAUUGGUAUCUUCUCCUGUCUUAUGAGAAUUCUGAAGUCCAUAAUUCUAGGUUCACUUUUCCUUCCACGUCUAGACCAUAGCGUGCUACCCAGAAAAUUCCAACAAUUUGACCCGGGUUUUGAUGCUUAUUGUGGUUUUAUUCAUGUGGAAAGUACACACACAAACCCUGUUGCUAUGGUUUUCAUUAGCAUUUUGCAAGCAGAAUCAUUGACAACGCUGAAAAGAAGUAAACUAAAUGCAGUUGACUGUACCCCGAUUGAUGAAAAACAGGAAAUGAAAGAACAGAACCAACGGAAGGCGAAAUGGAAAUGGCUUCUUGCGUUCACUCUUGUAAAUAAUCCAGAACUCUCGCUACAACGAAGACUCACUCUGGCAAAGGAACGCAAUGAAAAUGUCAAGGAAAUUCUCUUCUCGCAGUAUGCAAUGCCAAUGGAAAACGGAAAUACUGAAUCCAAAAUUUAGAAAAGA